CUCUCGGUGAAAUGUUGGGCAUUCUGAGUCUGUGGCUAAUUUCCUACCUCUUUGGCCGCAUCCAAGGGCGUUCGGUUGGAGAGCUGGACGAGUGGCAGCAGGAGUUUCUCGCUCCGCAGCCUGAUACCACAAUCUUUGUCUACAAUCAAACCGAUAAGGAGCUCCACUUGGGCCAGGCAUGGCGUUGAAAUAUAUAUAUUACAUAAAUUUAAGAUAUUAAUAAAUUAAAUAUUGC